AUGGCCGCGCAUAUCCAGUGUAUUUCUGCCAUCUCCGAUCAAAGAAGCUGGAGCGUUCCAAAAAAGAAAGCUACCUUGGGUAUUUCCAAUAACUGCCUCUGCUACUGGACCUCGAUAUCGAGACACCAUAGUCGUGCUCAAUACAGCCUGGCGGCGGCAGUCACGCUGACGCACGAGGCAGUAUACCCCUUGAUGGAUCAAGCCUUCUAUCAUGCCCCCUCAGCAUCAUGGAAAUAUCCACAGAUCCCGAUAUCGAAAAAGGACCACCAAACGAUAUUGAAAAAAACACAUUCAUUCUACACUUGCAUUGACCAUAUCCUUAAUGCCAUUUUCCGAAUUCUUGUUCCAUUCGCUAUCCCAGGAUACACCUUUACACUGAACGAAGUUCUGAAAUCACCCGAAAAUAAGCAUGCGUUUUCGAUAUCAUUGUAG